ACAGUCAGUAGCAUUUAAAUCUCUAUAGUGGACAGUCCGAGCGGGACUUCACUUGCUCACACAACACGUGCAUUCCGUCGGAAAAAUUCGAAAAAAAAGCACUAAUACAAAACAAUUUAAAAUAAAAUGGCAGCCAUACGUCCUUUAAGCGCUGAAUUGCAGAAAAUCGCCAUUGAAGAGCUGAACGAGGUGCCCGAACGUGUGCCACAGGAUAUAGCGGCAUUACGCGAAUGGAUCGAAAAGCAGUCGCAUUUGCGUGCACGCACCGACGAUCAAUUUUUGGUCAGCUUUUUGCGCGGCUGCAAGUACAGUUUGGAGAAGGCCAAAUCGAAAAUAGAUUACUUCUACACAAUACGCACAAUGUUGCCACAUAUUUUCGUGAAUAAUACACUGGCAGAUCCGAAGAACUUGCUUAUUGCACGAUCAGGCGGCAUUGUUGCAUUGCCAAAAACAUUAGGUGUCGGUGGUCCAGUUAUUGGCUUCUCGCGUUAUAAAAUAAUCGAUGAUUUACCAAUUACCGUUAAGGAUUACUGCAGAUACAUUGCUAUGGUAACGGACAAGACUAUAGUCGGCGCCGAUGCUUACGUUAUAGGCGGUUACAUGGAAAUUGUUGAUGUCGACAAAGUCGGCAUGAGUGCAAUGUCGAAAUUCGAUCCGGUCACAGGCAAACAAUUCAGCACAUAUUGCAUGAAGGGCUCUGCUAUACGCAUUAAGGGUAUACAUAUUAUAAAUGCGCCCAAAGAGGCCUACACCGCACUCAAUAUUAUACGCAAUCUCUUUCCGGCCAACAUAAAAGAGAGGUACUUUAUACACCGCAACAUGGCGGAAUUGUAUAAAUAUGUGCCUAAGCAGUAUUUGCCAAUCGAAUAUGGUGGCUCUAAUGGCUCAUUAACCGAUUUGACUAAUAAACUUGUAGGCGAUUUGCAGGACUUUAAUUACUAUUUUAAAGAGAACGAUAAAUAUGGCGUUGACGAGAAGCUAAGGCAAGGCCAAAGUAUGGAUAUGAACUCAAUAUUCGGUUUAGAGGGCACAUUCCGAAAGCUUGAUAUUCUCACCAGUGUCGAACGAUUUCAGUUGCUUCGCAGACAGCACAUCACACAUUUGCCGCCAAGCAGCCGCAACAGCUUAACAACAAAUCCACACACCUCAUUACAACCAAUAUAUAGCAGCAUGGUGAUAUUACGCCCACUACCCGAUGAUUUGGCGAAGACAGCCAUCGAAGAGUUGAAUGAGAAGCCCGACGACAAUGACUACUUUGUGAAUACUUUGCGCGAAUGGGCCGAAAAGCAGCCACAUCUGCGCGCGCGCACCGACGAUCAAUUCCUGAUGGCCUUUCUGCGCGGUUCCAAGUUCAGUCUGGAAAAGGCGAAACAGAAAUUGGAAAACUUCUAUAUACUACGCGCCGCCAUGCCGGAAAUCUUUCGUAAUCGCAAUCUGAGUGAACCAAAAUUUGAGGCGAUCGCUAAAGCCGGUGCUGUAUCUUUUUUGCCUGAACCCGUUUGUGAGGGUGGCCCAUUGGUGGUGCUGAUGCGACCCAGCGAGUUCAAUAUGGAACAACAUUCGAUCAAUGAUGUGCUGAAAGUCGGCUCAAUGAUCAUUGAUAUACUAAUGCAGGAGAACGAUCGCGUUUUCAUUGCUGGCUACACGUUCAUCAUUGAUCUGGGUAACAUUUCAAAAGCUGUGCUUAUGAAUUUCGAACCGGAAUUCGUGCGCAAGUUAACCAUACUGGUCAAUAAAGCGGCGCCCACACGCAUGAAGGGUUUCCAUUUCAUCAAUGUGCUGCCGAUUUUCGAAAAAUUAUUCGGCAUGGUGAAGAGUGUGAUAAGUGCCAAGUUGAAAGAUAGGUUCUAUGUGCACGGCAACAAUUUCGAGGAUCUCUACAAGCACGUACCCAAACAUGUGCUACCCAAGGAAUAUGGCGGUGAUUGUGAUCUAAAAAGUCUGGCUGAUGAAUGGUGGCAAAAAUUGAAUGAUUAUAAAAAAUUCUUUGACGAUGAGGAGCAAUAUGGCGUGACUGAGGGUUACGAAAAGCUGAAGCAAGUGAAACAACUGAUCGAAGAUACCAGUGUACUGCAAGGCACCGAAGGUUCGUUCCGCCAAUUGGAAUUCGAUUAAAGACUCUACGGCUCACUAAACGCAAGACGGUCAACCAAAGCA